AUGGAUGCUGCUUUGGGGCUUGCUUCAGAGUUUUCUAUACUUUCCCCAAACGAUGAUUGGGAUGUUCUUGGUGAGACCGCUGGAAAGAAAAAUGUUGAGGUGGAAGAGAGUUCUGAUGGCGAGGAUGCAAAUGCCUUUUCUAACAAGGAAACAGAGGCUGGGAGAAAUCCCGAAGCUAAGAAGGACUCCGAUGCUAGGAAGAAUGUCGUUGCUACUGAGACUUCCACUGAGGUUACUUCCGACUAUUUUCCACAAUCCUUAAUGAGUGAUGGUGAUGAUGCCAUCCUUGACUGGCUGAAGAAAAAGAACCUGAUUUUCGUGCCCAAUCCUGCUCCAAUAAUCCCUGGUGAGAAGAAUUCCGAUGCUUUUACUCGCCAGAUGAUGCAACGAUCUUCUGAAGGGAUAGUUGCGGAAGUGUGGGACAAGGACUUGAGGGCCACUUCCGCUAGCCUUCUAGUUGAUCCCCCGUCUGCCGCGAAAUCCCUCAAUUUGGAGGCCAAGAUUCGUCAUAGGGAGGAAGAAUUGUCCGCCGCCGAGGCUGUUAUCUCUGCUAGAGAUAAAGAGAUACUUGAACUAAAGAACCAGUUGAAGGGGAAAAAACAGCUUGGAGCCGAAGAGGAAAAGCUUCGUGUUGAACUUGCCAUGACUCGUAGUGAGUUGGAGAAGGUCCGUAACGAUGCUUCGUCCUCUAAAGUGAGAGGACUCCCCAAGCCUCGAUUUCGGGAACUAGUGACGAAGAUUAAGGGUGAAGCUGAGAAGUGGGAUGCCCGAGCUGAUGAACAUAACGAACUGGUUGCACGGCAUCGAGAAAGGCGGGAACAAAUGGUUGAUAUGCAGAAUAAGUAUAACUCUGACCGCCGCUUAUUUAACGGUGCUUUAUUGUGGACUCGGGAAAAUCUUCGAGAGACCCAUGAGAAAAUUUCUCGCUUGGAAGCUAAGGUAGCCGGCUUGGAAGAAGAAUUGCAUCAAGCUCGAUCCUCCUACGAUCCUGAAGUCCGGGACUAUAUACAACAACUUGUUCGUGAGAGGGAUGAUGCCAGAGCUGAGGCUUUUGCCCUUAGAAAUGCUUUGACCGCUUCCCGGGCCGAUGUUGCUCGUUUAGUCGAGUCUGAAAGAAGUCUGGAAAUGAAUAUGUAUAGGAUUAGUAAAGGGAUAGAAGAGAUAAAAAUACAGCAGGAGAGCCAGACUACGUAUUACAAGGGUCUAUCAGGGUCACGGGAUGCAGCGGCUAUGGAGGCGGCUAAAGAAGUCAACCGACUGUCAUCUCUAUUGUCGCAAGCUGAGCUGAAGAACACCGUUAUUGGUUAUAAGGCACGCUUCCAACUGACCGAAGAGAUUAACAAGACUCUUGCACGGAUUGAGCAUGACCUCCAGACAGAACAUGGCAUCGUCAAGAAUUGCCCUCGUAAUCGUAUGCCUGAGCCAUUAACUCACUCUUCGGGUCCUUCUUCGGGUGGAAGCAUACCUUCGUCGCAGAAAAAAAAUCCCGCAGGUCAUGUUGAAACAUCCAAAGAAAAGUAG